AUGAAAACUCUAAAGCGAGAUGCUCGAUCUCCAGCACGCCGCCGCUUUCCUCCCCCGCACCAGAAUCACCGCUUCGUUGAUUACGGUGUCACCGCCGGAUCCGAUCUCUGCAUCGUCACCGCCGGCGCUAGGAAGAACCCAGGAGAGUCUAGGCUCAAUCUGCUCCAGAGGAACGUCGCUCUCUUCCGCCACAUCAUCCCUCCGCUCGCUAAGUCGUCUCCUGAUGCGAUCUUGCUCAUCGUCUCUAACCAUGUCGAUGUCUUGACCUACGUCGCUUGGAAGCUCUCUGGUUUUCCGGUGAAUCGGGUUCUUGGAUCGGGUACUAAUCUCGACUCGUCUCGGUUUCGGUUCUUGAUCGCAGAUCAUCUCGACGUUAAUGCUCAGGAUGUGCAGCUCUCGAACAUCCGACCUUAGGGGGAGAUAGCAGCAAAAUGAUAAAAUAAAUUUCAUGGAAUCAAACAUCCAUUUCUUGGCAAGAUCCUCGAACUCAAGUGUGUGAUCUUGAAGUUCAAAAGAUUAUACAUUUACAAAAG